CGGAAGUUUGGUUGUUUUUCCUGGUGAGGUCACACUGUUGUCACUGAGACUUUGUAGUCAAAGCUUUUUUGACAGCAAAAUGAACUUUGACGGCGCUCCAAUGUCCUGUUAUUGAAGUUCCUCUGAACCUUGAGCUGGUUUGGUUUUUUUCUCUGGGAUUAGAGCUGAAAGAAGCAGAAAAAUGCAGCUUUGACAACUCCAGUCCUCCCUGGAGCUGAUUGAUUGGCUAAACGGCUGCUUAGCCUCUGCACACAGAACAUCUGCAGGUGCAGCAGCAAUAUGACUAAGAGAAGCCCAUCUCUUCAGCUGGUUAAAAGCGAACAGCUGAAUGUUUCCUUUCUGAAACGGAACAGGAUGCUGAACCAUCACUGCAGAGGGAACCCCGACCUCCAUGAGGAGCUGCAGAUCCAGGCUGCAGUCGCAGCGGGGGACAUCUGCACCGUCAGGAGGAUGCUGGAGCAGGGGUACUCGCCCAAGAUACGGGACGCCAACGGGUGGACGCUGCUGCACUUCUCCGCCGCCAAAGGAAAAGAGCGAUGUGUCCGCGUUUUCCUGGAGCAUGGAGCCGACCCCACGGUGAAGGACUUCAUCGGCGGCUUCACUGCUCUUCACUAUGCAGCCAUGCACGGCAGGGCCCGCAUCGCCCGACUGAUGCUAGAGUCCGAGUACCGGGGCGACAUCAUAAACGCUAAAAGCAACGACGGCUGGACGCCGCUACACGUGGCGGCCCACUACGGCCGCGACUCCUUCGUACGCCUCCUCCUGGAGUUCAGGGCUGAGGUGGACCCGCUCAGCGACAAAGGCACCACGCCGCUGCAGCUGGCCAUCAUCCGCGAGCGCUCCAGCUGCGUGCGGAUCCUGCUGGACCACAGCGCCAACAUUGACAUUCAGAACGGCUUCCUGCUGCGCUACGCCGUCAUCAAAGGAAACCAUUCCUACUGCCGCAUGUUCCUGCAGAGGGGAGCGGACACAAACCUCGGCCGUCUAGAAGAUGGACAGACUCCGCUGCACCUGUCAGCCCUCAGGGAUGAUGUGCUGUGUGCUCAGAUGCUCUACACGUACGGCGCCAACACCAACACCAGGAACUACGAAGGCCAGACCCCGGUAGCUGUGUCUGUUAGUAUGUCUGGAAUAAGCCGGCCCUGUCUGGACUUCCUGCAGGAAGUCACCAGGCAACCUCGAAGUCUCCAAGACCUGUGUCGAAUAAAAAUCCGUCACUGCAUCGGCCUUCAGAGCUUGAAAUUCCUGGAGGAUCUUCCCAUUGCAAAAGUUAUGAAAGACUAUUUAAAACAUAAGUUUGACAGUUUGUGAAGCAACAAAAGGACGAAGCGACGGUGACGGACUCUCUGUCAGACUAUGCAAGCAUUACGAUUCAGCUCUACGAGAAGGAUCCUCUGCUGUGUUCUGUACGUGCUGAAGAAGAUUUAGUCCAAUCUGAUUUCUUUUCCUUAUCGAUGCUCUAUUAAGCCUUAUUUAACUUAUUGCAGUUUCUGACAAUUUUUAGUAGGCACUUUUUUUUUUUUUUAGGACUGAAACCUAAUUUGACUGCAUUUGGCAUUGUUCCCAUAGUAAUCACAUUAACUUUUUAUUACUUUGUUAUAACCCCACUGGUAAAAGUUGAGAAAUGGAGCAUGGGCAUGAUGCCAUUAGGAUUUUCUGAUUAUUUUUCUCAAUGUCCGAAAUAUGAAAGGUAGCUUUUUUUUCUUUUAUUUUU